CUGCGGGAGGAGGGUCCUGCCCGCUGCUGGCCGCCUCCUCUCUCUCCCCCUCCCUCCUUGCCUUCCUCCCUGCUUCCUUCCUGCUCUUCUCCCGCGCCGCUUUGCUAGAGGAGCGCCGGCUGGGCAUGGCUGGGGUCUGCUGCUGCUGCUGCGAGGCUCUGGAGCAGAGGACCAAGGAGCAGGUUUCGCUCUUUUCUUAAAUCUGUUUGGAGGCUUUGGAAUAUCUCUAAUAUAGGUUAUUAUUGUAGAUUAUUGGACCUGGUUCAGAAGAAUACACACCAAGGUUUGCUGGUAUGGGUAAUCUUCUUAAAGUCCUUACCAGGGAAAUUGAAAACUACCCACAUUUUUUCCUGGAUUUUGAAAAUGCUCAGCCGUCAGAUGGAGAAAGGGAAGUAUGGAACCAAGUCAAUGCUGUCUUACAGGAUUCAGAAAGCAUGCUCUCCGACUUGCAGUCUUACAAAGGAGCCGGACAAGAGAUUAGAGAUGCGAUACAAAAUCCCAAUGAUAUCCAGCUUCAGGAGAGAGCCUGGAAUUCAGUGUGUCCUCUGGUUGUGAGGUUGAAGAGGUUCUAUGAAUUUUCCCUUCGACUAGAGAAAGCACUGCAGAGCUUACUGGAAUCUUUGACCUGUCCUCCCUAUACACCAACUCAGCAUUUAGAGCGAGAACAGGCCUUAGCAAAGCAGUUUGCAGAGAUCUUGCAUUUUACUCUCCGCUUUGAUGAACUCAAGAUGAGAAACCCAGCAAUUCAGAAUGACUUCAGCUAUUAUCGGAGAACAUUGAGCCGCAACAGAAUAAACAAUAUGCAUCUCGACAUUGAGAGUGAAGUGAAUAACGAGAUGGCUAACAGAAUGUCCCUGUUUUACGCAGAAGCUACGCCAGUGCUGAAAACUCUGAGUAAUGCCACAACACGUUUUGUUGCAGAAAACAAAACUCUGCCAAUUGAGAAUACAACAGACUGUCUGAGCACAAUGGCUAGUGUAUGUAAAGUCAUGCUGGAAACACCAGAAUACAGAAGUAGGUUCACGAGUGAAGAAAGCCUUAUGUUCUGCAUGAGAGUCAUGGUUGGCGUUAUCAUUCUGUAUGACCACGUUCAUCCUGUGGGAGCUUUUUCCAAGGCCUCCAAGAUAGAUAUGAAGGGUUGCAUAAAAGUUUUAAGGGAAGAGCCACCAGACACAGUUGAAGGACUUUUAAAUGCUCUCAGGUUCACCACGAAACAUCUGAAUGAUGAAUCAACUUCAAAACAAGUUCGAGCUAUGCUUCAGUAGCGCCCUCCUUUGACAAAUGGACUUUUGUAUUAUUUAGAGAACAUGUUUGUUUACAUAAUUUAAUAGUGUGUGGUGUUAAUACAUAUGCGUAGUUUACAUAAUAGAACAACUGGUUUCUUCCUGUUGCUGUAAUAUGUGGACUUUGUAUCAAUAACAUGACUGACUGACUAUAGGGCACAGCAACCAUUUAUAUGGCUAGUCUUGCUACUAUUCAACGGUUUUAAAAGGUACCUUUAAUUUGAAUAUAUAAAUAACAUUGUCUAUGUGCCUUGCUUUCUUGUUGGUUGGUUGGUUGGGUUUGUUCGUUUGUUUUUUGUGGAAGUAUCCAGAAGUUUUUUGUUGUGGCCUCUGAGCAGUUCUACAAAUGGACACGUGCCUAUCAUAGAGCUUGGAAACAUCAUUUUUUGGGGAUGUAACUUCCAGAAUCCUCUGGACAAAUGACUAGUAGAGGCAUUUGUUGGCGAUUCUGGCAGUUGUAGUCUCAAGAAAGUCAAUGGUUUCAAGUUCUGGCUUGUAAAGACCUUGGAGUACAGAAUUGUGUACAGGCUGAUAGGACUUGAUCAGUCUCCCCUCAACUCAAUCUGUAGCCAUUGAGUGUAUCACACAAUGGAUAACUGAGUACAUUACUCCCUUUAACACUAAUACACAGAUUGUGUAGGGUGUUGAGGUCCUCUGUUUUGGUGAAAGAAGUUUCCUUUUCCUAAUAACUUCACCAGGUUCUGCACUGGGGGCCACCAUUUUUUAAAAACAAACAAACAAACAUUGAUAUUUCUGUAGCUGUAUAUCUGCAAAGAACCUCUUCACAAAUGCGUGUAAUAUGAAUUCUUGAUACAAAGAAAUACUGGCCCAGUUCAGAUGUAUAUAUGUUGGAUUAUUAAGCCAAGAUGUGCAAAAGCCUUGUGCCUGCACACUCCCUAACUGUAUCAUGUAUUCCCUCCUUUUUCUCAACAUGCCACAAUUCAGCAGUUCACAUCACUGUUUCAUUCAGACUGGGAAUCUCUCAUUUCUGAAGUUCAGUGAAGCCCAGCUUUUAAACUAACCAAACCUUUAAAGAUUGCAAGGGCAAAAUGUUGGAGAACAAAGCUCUUGCCUAUCUCAACUGAAGCCAAAAUAGAACAUACGUCUGGAUCAGGCCAAUAUGUGGGACUGCGCAGAAGCCCAGCAAGAGAUGGGCAGCACUGCUGUAUAUAUCUUUGCCUGGUUUUGUAUGCUCUUGUCAUAAAUUGCACUGAGAUUGGCUUUGUUCUAUAUGAGAUUCCUUGCUUUUCUCUUUAUGCUUUCUCUCUACUGCUCAGAGAGCUCUGCAUGCGAUGGGGGAUGCCACUCAUAUUUAUUAACAACAUGAUGGACCGGGCUUGGAGUUCACACUUUAUCUUGCCUUGGAAAUCUAUGGAUUCAGGCUUAGACUCAGAACUAGGCCUCCCAGCUCAUCUGAUCUAUAACUCCCAGUAAAGUCAGUUGAGACCCAUGUGGAAGAAACGUUCCCCAGAACCAAUUAUUUUUGACAUCAUUGACUGAAAGAUUUAUUUAGUGGCAUCUUCACAUCAUUUGAUGCUCACUAUGAGCCAUUGAAACCGCUAGCUCAGUAACCUCUUGUGUUUUGUAUAUUUCAAUGUUUUGAGAUUCCUUCCAGUUUCUGUUGAGCCUCCUGACAGGAUAUUAGAAAAUUCCAAAAUAAAAAAAUAAGCAGUU